AUGGAUUCAUUUGCAAGUAAAAAAAAGCAUGUCGUCAUCGUCGGGGCGGGAGCGGCAGGCAUGUCUUGCGCUGCCACUCUGGCAAAUCAUCCCGACAAGUUCAAAGUGACCGUAUUGGAGAGAUGCGAUGUCGUUGGCGGUCAGGCCACGUCCAUCCCGUUGGACGAGCAAAAGUACGGUGCUGCCUGGAUGAACAAUGGCGUCCAAGGAGGCUCUCCGAUAUUCAAGCACACAUUCAGGUUCUUCAAACAGUAUAGUCAUGAGCCCCGAGACGUUCAGUUACAAGUCUCUUUCGGCAAGGGGGAAGAUGGCUUCUGGACGAACUGCUUCCCCAGCAAGCUCAUUACUCAAUUUUCGUCCGACAUCAAGAAGUUCGGUUUUUUUCUCAAGUUCAUCAAGUGGACAAUGCCGAUUCUCGGACUCGUCCCCAUCAGCGUCAUGCUCCGCGUCUUCUUCUUCAGCAAGGAGUUUGGUGACAAGAUGGUAUACCCGCUCAUCGCCCUGUUCCUCGGCACGGGGAACCAGACUGCCAACGUUCCAUCUGCAAUAGUUGAGCGACUCUUUGCUGAUACUAACAUGAAACUGUGGGACUACGACCCAGACACCUUGCUGCCAAACUUGCCCAAGAUGGUGACAUUUGACCAUCUUCACGAAUUUUAUAACAAGUGGGGAGAGGAUCUACGACAGAGAGGCGUAGAUAUUAGGACUGACACAGAAGUGGAGUCCGUUUUGAGCAGAUCCGGGAAGAAUGUCAAGCUCCGCAUCAAGACUAAGAGCACCGAGCAGUCGGCCGACGAGUACUUUGAUGAGUUAGUCCUGUGCGUCCUAGCAGACGAAGCACUCCGCAUCCUGGGCAAGACUGCAACUUGGCGAGAGAAGCUGGUCCUCGGCGGCGCAACUUUCUAUGACGAUAUGACCGUCACUCACACUGAUACCAAUUACUUUGAGAGCCACUACGAGACGCGUUUCAAGUCAGAGCUCUGCGCAGAACCCAAGACAGAAGACCAGAGGGAACAGGUGGCCGUCUCAAAGGGUGAAGGGUCUUCGGUUGGAUUCCGCCCCAUGUAUUACACGUAUACGUACCAACAAGCUCCACGUCUGAUUGAGAUGUCAUUCAAUUGCAGCAACUAUCAACACCAGCUCAGACACCCUUGCCUCCAUUCAAAAGACGCCUUCGAGCCAGUCUACCAAACCAUAUUCCUCAACAAAGACCAGAGAGACUUAUGGACCGUUGACAAGAUCGAUGAAAACAAGAUUAUCAAGCGAAAUUGGUGGCAUCAGCUGGGGCACCGCUGGCAGCAUUAUCUGCGUGUUGUUCCUGGUAUGAUGUUUCUGCACGGCAGGAACAGCACCUGGUUCGCUGGAUCCUGGACGCUUGUGAACAUGCACGAACUUGCUUGUGUGAGUGGGAUCGCGGCUGCAUAUCAUCUUGGAGCCGAUUAUAUCGAGUUCGAUGCCUUUGCUGGGGAAUUCUUCUCUAAGUAUCUUCUGCUGUCGCAUGGGAUGAGAUAUUCUUGGGAGGAGAGACGGAGACAGGGGUCAAAGAAAUAA